UUGGAUUGAUUGUUGUUGUGUUGUGAUUCGGCACAGUCGUGAUAUAAUAGGUAUCUCUAUCUAUUUAGUUUGUGGUCGUGAUGAUAGCGGUUAUAAAAACUUGAUCCUGCGAUUGAGAUUUAAUCUACAGCUUCAUGAUUGUGAUUUGUGAGUAUCUACCUAUCAAGAUUAUUUUUGUAAUUUUUGAGCAGACAGUAGAUCCACCACCACUACACUUCAUGCUUCACACGACCGACUGCACCUAUAUAAAUUAGAACUCAGUGCUACGGCUAAUCUUGUACUCCAGUUGCAUGGGAUCUAAACUUCUUUUUCGUUCCACAAUCUCUUCGGCAACUCUGAAUUUAUCGAACAAAAUGAGCAUAGACAUUGGAGGUAUGAGAAUAAAAUACAAAGAUAAAAAAGAUACAUUUUUAGAAAAACACUUGGUUUCUAAAGAGCCUUUUGGACAAUUCAAAGCAUGGUUUGAUGAAGCUUGUUCUAGAAAAGAAAUAUUAGAACCAAAUGCAAUGUGUUUGGCGACAGUCUCAAAAGAUGGUUAUCCAUCUGCCAGAUUUGUUCUAUUGAAAGGUUAUGGAAAGGAUGGAUACAAGUUCUUCACCAACUAUGGAAGUAGGAAAGCCAAGGAAAUGACUGAAAACCAAAAUGUAGCUGCAACAUUUUACUGGGAGGUAUUAAAUCGGUCUGUGAGAAUUGAAGGGCAUGUGGAAAAACUCUCCGAGCAGGAAUCCACUACAUAUUUCCAUUCUCGCCCUGUUCCAAGUCAGAUAGCAGCCUGUGCUAGUUUCCAGAGCACACCAAUCGAGUCCAGAGAUAUAUUAUGUGAGAGGGAAAAAGUACUGGAGGAAGAUUAUUUGAUUCCUGGGAAAGAAGUUCCUAAACCAGAUUACUGGGGUGGCUACAUUAUUCGUCCCACGGCUGUGGAGUUUUGGCAAGGACAGAGGGACAGAUUACAUGAUAGAAUAAAGUUCAGAAAGCCAAAGGAAGGUGAGGUUGCAGAUGGUAAGCUUCUUCACCAGGGGGAGGACGGCUGGGUGUUUCAAAGACUUUCUCCAUAAGCGAAAAUGUGUUUUCAUUUAAUAUUCUGUUUCAUUUAAGUGUUAAUUUUUUAAAGUUUUUAUUUUAUUGUUGCAUUUUUACAAUCUUAUUUUUAAGUGUUUGAAUUGUAAUGAAUAUGUCUUCCAAUAAAAUAAUGAAAUCACAUAAUUAUGCAAAUAAAUGUUUAUUGUUACAA